AUGUUUUAUCAAUUUCUCGAUAUGACAUUACAAAAAGAACUUAUUGAUACAAAAAACUGUAUUGAAAAUUUAUCAAAUGGAUUCUUCUAUCAAAUAUUUGAUUAUCUUGAUGGUUAUGAUAUUUAUAAAGCAUUUUCAAAUCUUAAUAAUCGUUUUGAAAAUCUUCUUAUUGAUCCUUCAUUUCUUAUGAAAAUUCAAAUUUCUUCCACAUCUGAAAUUGAUUAUCAUUAUAAACAAUUUAUUAUUUUAAACAAACAUCAUAUUCUUUCAUUUCAUUUUAAUAAUGAAUCAAUUCAGAACGAAAUUAUGAAACCAUGUAUUAUUGAAUCAUUCGAUCAUCUUGAAUCAAUUGUUCUUAAUCCAAUCUUAACAUGGAAAUUAUUUGUACUUUUUUUUUAUUUAGAAUCUUUACCUCGUUUAUCUUCAUUAACUAUUUAUCUUAAUGAUUAUCAUGAUGAUCUUCGUGAUAUUUUUCAUCUUAUUUUUUGUCUUCCUGUAUUAAAAUAUCUCAAAUUUAAACUAUUAUCUUCUAAUAUACUUAAUAUAGACACAAGAAUGCCUUUAAAUCAACCAUUUUCUUCAAUUAAAUAUUUGGUUAUUAAUGCUGGUUGUGCUCAUAAUCAACUUAUUAACCUAUUAUUAUAUAUACCUCAACUUUCUCAUUUAUCUUGUGAUUAUUUAAUCAAAUCAAAUAAUAAUAUUAAAUCUGAAAUGAUGAUAAAAUUAAAUGAUUUAAUACAUUUAACUGUUGUUAUUAAUGAUAUAGAUUUUAAUGAAUUUGAAGAAUUUUUAUUGAAGUUAUGUUCUCAAUUGCAAAUUUUAAAUGUUAAGAUUCAUUCUUCUGAUAAAAGUUAUUUAAAUGCUAAUCGAUGGGAACAAUUAAUUUCACAAAAGAUGACUUCACUAAAUAAAUUCUUCUUUUCUUAUACUGAUAUUAUUCAUGGGAAUUUUAAUAUUACUUCUCAUCCAUUACUCAAUGAUUUUACUUCAUCAUUUUGGAUUAAUCGAAAAUGGAUUUUCAAAUUAAAUCACAUAAUUGAAAUGCAAGAUAUGCUGUCUGUUAAAUAUUGA